AUGAUGGCGUCGCCAGUGAAAGCUCGCGAGUGGGAAAAGUCACUGACAGUAAAGUGUCGAUUAUGUGGUGGUGCGCGUUGCAAGCGAUGCAGUGAAAGUGCAGCUCUUGCUAAAGUGGACUCACCGGUCAAAGGCUUGCAUGCUGACUGGGUGGCAGAUUGCGCGUUGGCCAUGAUGCGUCCCUCUUCGCGACUCAUGAAUGAGUACAACAUCGUUCAGCAGUUCCACUUAUUAAACAUUACAGCUGUCUUCAACUUGACCCUUCCAGGUGAGCAUCCUUAUUGCGGGGACGGUCUUGGUACCAGCGGCUUUCCAUAUGACCCAGAGAAGGAUUUGAUGGCUCGAAACAUUCAGUUUUACAAUUUUGGAUGGGAAGAUAUGACAACUCCGACAUUGUCGCUUAUGAUGGAUAUUGUCAAAGUGAUUGCUUCCGUAUUGCUCAAGGGUCACCACAGAAUUGCUGUCCAUUGUCAUGCGGGGUAUGGACGCACAGGAAUCACGAUUGCCUGUGCCCUCAUAUUUCUCCACAAUAUUUCAGCAGAGCUUGCGAUUCGACUCGUUCGUCGAGACCGGCCUGGUUCAAUUCAAACAUCCGGACAGGUUCAAUUUGUGCAUGAUUUCCACACAUAUAUUAAUGCUGCACGCAUUGUAUUUGCUUUGCCAAAAAUUCAUGACCAAUUUACACUUGCCGAGACGAUAGAACAUCAGAAUCGUCGUCUACAUGGCGAAGACGCAGUUAAAUCAAAUCUACCACGAAUACUUGAUUUUCUCUGCAUAGGGCUUGAAAAUGCAAUAGCUGUAACUUCAGAUGUUGAGCAAAUUGCUUCAGCGUUUGUACAUCACCUGUGCAUACACCAACAAGAAGCUUGGCCACGCACAAAUGAUACUAUGAAGGAUGUUGAAUGUUCGUCGUCCAAAUCGAUGACUGAGUUACUUGAUCAACACCGAAAAUUUAUUGUACUUGCUUUGAAUGAGUCACAUUUGGAUGUUAACUCAUUUGAGACUAUAAAAGCUCCAGAAGUUGCAACUUGCGAGUUACUUUUUCCAAUUAAAGUUGGCUUUAAUGUUGGGGAAUGGAAUUGGAAAGAUGCUUCAGCAUUGUGUUCAAAUUUAACAACAUACGCAAUAUUGCUUCUUGAUUGGCUUGAGCAUCUGCGCGAACCAUUGCUCAGUAGUCGACUUACCGAAAAGUUAUUGCAGCCAAAAUCGACAAAAUCUGGAAAUUCUGGCAUCUUUAAUCAUUCACGAUGCGACAGUGAAUGUCAUGGUAAUACUGACAACGCCAAUUUCGAAUUUCAAGCGUUGCAUCGAUUACCAGCAUUAACAAUGAGAGCAUUGGAUCGGGUUUUAUCAUGUCUGCGUUUAUUUCAAGACAGACUUGAACAAGCUAGGACAAAAAAUGUUUUGUUUUACGCAGUCUGUGUUCGUUCUGCGAUGGCGCUUUUUCACCUUUCUACGACAUGUUGCACCACAAUUUCACUGCGACGUCAUGCAGAGUGCAUUGCGUUACUAAUUGAUAAGUGGCACGCACCAAAGCGUUUAGAGCUCAAUUUGGAAUCACUUAAGAGAUUAACUUUUCAUCAACCGUCCACUUGCCGUCUCACUCAAUCUGCUAGCAAGAUUGACUACAAGUCUGACAUCGACUUUACUCCUAAUUCUGACUCAAGCAAAUAUUCCUCAUCUUUUCUCAUCUUGCACCCUGAAAGUGAGACGGUAGAGGUACAGUCGAAAGAAACCAACAAGUUUACCAUUGCAUUGACAAUAGCAUCUACAAGUUCAUCAUUGCAAGCGGCGUCUUCGCUGAGGAUUGAUCCGGCCUCAAAGAGAAUCAGUGUUUGCGAAGAAGAAGCGAAAAGUGGCAGCAAAGCCUCGAACAUGACGCAUUCACCAUUACAAAAGAAGAUAGAAUUGAGCCCAAUAACAUCACAGUCUUUACCAGCAAAGGAUUUUGAAUUUGACAACAAAAGAAUUGCCGCGGCAUUUUCCACAGAGCUACCAGGUAUGACUUGUCAAAUGAGUUCAUUGACAUUACCAAGUGUAUGUGGCGGAUUUCGAUCAUCUCAAAACAGAGAGGAUAGCUCACGAAAUCUUUUGGCGAAAAAGUUGUGA